AUGAAUUUGUUGAGAGGGAAGAGCAGUGAGAGUGGCAAUGUGCAAAUCGAUGGGCACUCCUCCUCAUGUUUUCCUUCUUCUUCUACUUCUACGCCUAGAUGGACAUACAAAUACGAUGUCUUUCUCAGUUUCAGAGGCUCCGACACCCGCAAAAAAUUUACAAGCCAUCUGUACGAAGCAUUGAAACGGAAUGGCAUAACCACUUUUAGGGACGAUGAAAGUCUCGAUCGAGGAGCAUUCAUUAAACCAGAACUCUUGAAAGCAAUAGAAGAAUCAAAGAUUGCUGCCGUUAUUUUCUCUAGAGACUAUGCUUCAUCGAGUUGGUGCUUGACUGAACUAGCAAAGGUCUACGAGUGCAUGGGCAAGAAGAAGCUGAUUGUUCUGCCUGUUUUCCAUGACGUGGAUCCUAGUGAUGUGCGCAAACUAAGGGGGACUUUUGAGGAUGCCUUUGCAAAACAUCUCAUUGAUAACACUGAGAAUGUGCAAACUUGGAAAGAUGCUGUGACGGAAGUUGCUGGUAUCUUUGGAUGGGAUUUACGGGAUGAGCUUGAAUCAACGGUUAUCGAAAAAAUCAUUCAGAGGAUAAAUAAUGGGUUGGAUUGUGAAGUCCUAAGUGUUUCUGAGUACCUUAUUGGAGUGGAAUCUCGUGUGCAGGAAAUGCUAGAUUUAUGUUUGGGUGAAAGGUUAGAUUGUGUCCGUUUUAUUGGGAUUUGUGGUAUAGGUGGAAUUGGUAAAACAACUCUUGCUCGAGAAAUUUAUAAUAAAAUUUUUCGUGACUUUGAAGCUAGCAGCUUUAUUGAUAAUAUUAGAGAAGAAUCUGAAAGUCAACGUCCAGUUUGUUUACAAAAACAACUUCUUUCUAAGAUCCUCAUGAGUACCCAAAAAAAUAUAUCAAAUGUUUAUGAGGGAAUCAAUGUUCCAAGGAAGCGACUCCGCAAUAAGAAGGUUCUUAUUGUUCUUGAUGAUGUGAAUGAAGAAGAACAGCUAAAAGCAUUAGCUGGGAAAGAUGAAUGGUUUGGUGUAGGGAGUAUAAUCAUUGUAACUAGUAGAGAUAGGCAUUUGUUGAGAAGGCAUGGAGUGAAACAUAUAUAUGAAGUUAAAGAGUUGAAUGACGAUAAAGCUUUGAAACUUUUUAGUUGGAAGACUUUCAAGAAACCUCAUCCUGAAGAAAAUUAUGUGGAUUUGUCUAAGCAUUUUGUGAAGUAUGCAAAUGGCCUUCCCUUAGCUCUUGAAGUUUUAGGUUCUUUGUGA